AUGCUAUUAUCACGAAAGAGACCAGCCAGAACUCAGAUUAAUAAAUAUUCCUCUGAAGAUUUACGGAAAAUUCAAAGCCAUCCAACACUAGAAGAGUUUAUAGAAACGGGAGAUUAUAUUGGCGCAAUCACUUUGCUUGAAUUUGAGUGCCACUCCAAAAAAACCGAAAAGGAUAUUGAUCUAUGGAUAGGAUACUGUUAUUUUCAUCUCGGGGACUACGAUCGUGCAGCAGAGGUAUACAAGAAGACUAUCUCAGAUCCUCAAUUAGCAUCGCAGACUAGAUUAUAUUUAGCUUGCUGCUACUUUUUCAUGGGUAUGUAUAAGGAAGCUCAAGAAGAAGGAAACCAAACGCCACAAUCCGAAUUGAAGACAAGAUUGCUAUUUCAUACUGCCUAUAAGUUGAAUGAUGAAAGAAAUAUUUUAAUUUAUCACAACCGUUUAAGUGAUGCAUUGGAAAAUCAACUCUCUCUUGCUUCAAUUCACUUUCUUCGGGGUCAUCAUCAAGAGGCAAUUGAGAUUUAUAAGAGAAUCAUGAUUGAAAAUCGCAAUUUUAUUGCUCUAAACGUUUAUAUCGGUCUUUGUUAUUAUAAGCUUGACUACUAUGAUGUUGCUUUAGAGGUAUUGGAUCUCUACCUACAGCAUUAUCCCAAUAGUCCAAUGGCUGUCAAUUUAAGAGCAUGUAUCAACUACAGACUUCAAAAUAGUAAGACUGCGAUAGAAGAACUUAAAGCUCUUAGGGAAUUAUUUUCAUCAAAUCUUUCCUACGCAAGGGAUCUUAUUAAUCAUAAUUUAUCAGUUUUUACACACGGAGAAGCCUCUUUAAAAGUGCUACCACCUUUGAUAGAUGUUCUGCCUGAGGCCAGACUAAAUCUUGUAAUAUACCAUCUUCGAAGGGAGGAUAUUGGAUCUGCAUACGAAUUAUUAAAAGACAUUGAGCCAAUUACUCCACACGAAUGCAUUCUCAAGGCCAUUAUCAAUACCUUGAUUGGUCAAGAAACUGGCUCGAUCGAUCAUCUUAAGUUAGCUCAACAACACUUCCAAUCGGUUGGGAAUUCUGCAAGUGAAUGUGACACUAUCUGUGGUCGUCAAUGUAUGGCAUCAUAUUUUUUUCUUCUCCGCCAAUUCGAAAAUGCCAUAGUUUACUUAAAUUCUAUUCAAGCUUAUUUCAGCAAUGAUGAUAUCUUCAACUUAAAUUUUGCUCAAGCAAAAGCGGAAAUGGGAGACUACAAAGAAGCUCAAAAACUUCUGCUCAUGAUCCAGUCGGAGAAGAUUAGAAGUGAAUAUGUCUAUAUCAGUUGGUUAGCAAGGUGUUUUAUUAUGAAUAAGGAGUCGCGUUCAGCUUGGGAACUAUAUCUUAAAAUGGAGACUUCAGUUGAUUCUCUCAACCUCCUCAAUCUUAUUGCAAAUGACUGUUAUCGAACAAGCCAAUUCUAUAUAGCAGCCAAAGCGUUUGACGUAUUGGAAAGAUUAGAUUCAAGCCCAGAAUAUUGGAAGAGUAAACGUGGGGCAUGCAUCGGGGCUUUUCGAUCAGUCGUUGCUAACAAUGUAUCAAAAGAAAUACUUGGGGAAAUCAUUCAAAUCCUACGAAACACAAAUAACAAAGAAUCUGACCAAUUUAUUCGAAUUAUAAAGAAAUGGGCAAACGAGAACUCAGUAAAUAUAUAG